AGUGAUUUUUUUUUAAAGAUGCGGAAGUAUUUAGAAGAAAAUGAAAGAAUACGUUGUUAUUAGAAGACAGUAUGUUGUUUUAAAUAUUUUUGAUGUGUUUGUGAAUUAACUUCAGCCUUCCAUAUCGUUUUUAUGUUUAUAUAGGGCCUUAACUUCGUAUACGGAAUUUCAAGGACAAACUCCUCAAUGGAUAACUGUCCGAUAAAUAUACUGUUGAUUUUCGUUGUCUACAGUUGCCUUAUCCUGAAGACCAGACAACAACUGAAAACGUCCAUAAAUCUACAAAGUGCAAUAGAUUUUGAAGAGAUGCUGAUGAGGAAGAAUUGUUCAAUUGACGUAGCGACCAUAGCCGAUUCACAGUGUACCCAGUGUUGUACGCUGACAUCCCAGAAAUCAAAUGUUCACUCCAAUGACAGUUCAUGGCAUGUAUACCUAAGUCUAAAUAUCACAUACAAGAAUUCUCAUCUCAUCAAAAACUCUCGAUUGUUUUUCUGCGGUGGCGAUGCAAGAGGUACAUCAUAUUCUGUCGUGUGUAUAAUUAGAGACAGGAAACGGAAGUGUAAGGAAUGUGCACGUGAUAUGGAUGAUUUUAAACAAUAUCGACCGAACAAGUCUGGUAUUUGCAAAGAAAAGAGCGCCAGAAAGUAUGGACCGCCCAUAAUGGUCGGGGUCAUUUGCCUUGUCUUUGGAGUAAUCGUGGGUGUUUGUUUAAAGUCAAAAGUGAAGUGGAGAGCAUGUCAAAGUCAGUCUACAGAAACUACUAGUCCGGAAGCUGUGCAGAAUGCAGGCUAUAGUGGAGGAUCCCAAGCUGUUCUGAAUGCUGACCAAAUACUAGAAGUGCUGUUGAGAUCUCAAGCUUCAUCAUCUUUUCAAAACAGUAAUCUGUGCAACAAUUUUUCAAAAGCCGCAAACAACUCCGAGUAUGUUGAUGAGAUAGAUAUAGAUGGAGAUCAUUAUGAACAAAUUGGAAUGAUUCAGACUAGGACAGAUAGUCAUCCGCUAGAUGUUAACCAUGGGUAUACGUUAGGUGUUAACCAUGGGCAUGCGUUAGAUGUUACAAACAGACUCGACUGUCUCAGUGUGGAAGACAAUUCUAGCGAAAAUUACUAUAAACUUGCAAAGAGGGUAUGAGAUAGAGAAAAUUCUUAUUGACUUUUUCUAGUGACUAACGCACAAGUAGACAAUAAAUGGACUACCUAUA